AUGUCCGAUAGUCGAGACGGGCUAUCGCAACGGUCGGCAUCCCUCAGAGUCCAUAUGCCAGAUACCAAUUCCACAAGGAACAAAUCCGUCGAAAUCGGGAGCCGAAGGCGUGGGCUCAAGGCUUUCGACUUGGAGGCGCUUGGCCAAGCCGCGGAGUGUCUACGGACGCUGGCGCAUCCGGUUCGCCUUCGCAUUGCACAACUGUUGCUUCACGACCGGUACACCGUCGGCGAAAUUGCGGCGGACUGCGGCGUGGCCGAGAACGUCGCAUCGGAGCACCUACGACUGAUGCAGCGGUGCGGCAUCUUUGCGAGCGACCGGGAGGGCCGCCGCGUGUACUACCGGGUGGCGGAACCGCAUCUCGGCCGAUUGCUUGACUGCAUCGAGGCGCAUCGAGUGGUUGGCAUUGCCAUCGUUGGCGGCGUCGCCAUCGGGUUCGCGCUGGGGCUAACCGGCGGUGGAGGCGGGGUCUUCGCGGUUCCGCUGCUGGUUUACGGAAUGGGAAUCCCAGCUCGCGAAGCGGUUGGGGUGUCACUUGCCGCCGUCGGGCUGACCGCGCCGGUAGGGGCCACAGCGAGGUACUUCCGUGGCGAAAUCGACGCUCGCACGGGAUUGAUAUUCGCCGUCGCGGGAAUGAUUGGGGCGCCUUUAGGUUCGCAACUCUCAAAGUUGCUGCCCGAAGCCGCCCUGCUCCUGCUAUUUAGCGGCCUGAUGUUGAUAGUCGCCGCACGGAUGUGGCGUGCGUCGCGAAGUCAGGGGAGCGCCGCUGAUGCCGCGGGCUUCGUCUGCCAGCGUGACGCGGCGGGGCAUCCAAAGCUCGGUGGGCGAUGCGUCGCCUUGCUCUUGGCCCUUGGGACCACCACAGGCGUUCUCUCCGGGCUGUUCGGUGUCGGGGGCGGGUUUGUGAUCGUGCCGGCGUUGGUGCUCUUUGGAGGCCUAGCGAUUCAUACGGCGGUGGCCACCUCGCUGCUGGUGAUCUUCCUCGUCAGCGCAUCCGGCGUGACGGCCUACGUCGCGAACGGAGGCGCCCUUUCCUGGGUCCUCACGGGAUUCUUCGCUCUGGGGGGUCUCGUCGGCAUGCAACUGGGC